AUGUGAUAAAUAACUAACCGAAUAUAAUUUGGUACUGGUACAUCAGUACAUGCAUUUUUUUUUAUUAUUAAAUUAGGCACAUGUUACUUUUAAGUUAUUUCCUAUAAAUAUUAAUUGUCGUUUCUAUUUAAUGUUAAGCUAAUAAUUACAAUAUUAUUUAAUAUAGAUUUUAAAUAUUUUAUACCUGUACUCUUAAGGUUUUGCAUAAUGGAAAUUAAUCCAAUGGAACUGGAAGAAGAAAGAAAGAGUUUUCAAAGAAUAAUUACCGCCUUUAUGUAUUACAGGACACAUUCAUUAAACAGACUAAACAAAAGUGUAAACUACUUGAAAUCAUUACCAGAACAACAUCAAAGACUUUUAAUUAAUUAUAGCACAAAUUUGGAAACUAUUAGACAUUGUAUACAAUCUAACUAUAAUGUUAUACUAGAAAUUAUCAAAGAUACUACUUGUCUGUUUGAAAAUCAAGAUACACCCUCACCAGAUCGCUGGCGUACUCCAGAUGUUUGUAAGCCAAUUGCUACAGAUUUAGAAAAAGUACAGUCAACUUUAAAACAGUUUGUGCGAGAUUGGAGUAAUGAAGGUGUUGAAGAGCGAAACACUUGCUAUAAACCCAUUAUUGAGGACAUUUUAAAAGAGUUUCCUUUAGACACUGUAGAACCACAUGAAGUCAAAGUGUUGGUACCAGGUGCUGGUCUCGGAAGAUUAGUAUUUGAAAUCGCAAAACUAGGUUACAACAGUCAAGGAAAUGAAUUUUCCGUAUUUAUGUUAAUUGCAUCAAAUUUUAUUUUAAACAAGUGCAGAGGCGUUAAUACAUAUAGACUUUAUCCGUGGAUUCAUCAAUGUGAUAAUAAUUUAGAAACUGAACAUCAAAUGCAGUGUGUUUCAUUCCCUGAUAUUAAUCCAGCACAGGAACUUCCACGAAAUGCAUCUAUAUCAAUGGCCGCUGGAGAUUUUUUGCAAGUAUAUACAGAUAAAAAUGAAUGGAAUUGUAUUGCUACCUGUUUUUUUAUUGAUUGUGCAAACAAUGUAGUGGCUUUUAUUGAAACUAUUUACAAAAUUCUAAAACCAGGCGGUAUAUGGAUCAACUUAGGACCCUUAUUGUAUCAUUACAGUAAUGUAUUUGAUCAAGAUUCCAUUGAGCCGAGUUACCAAGUCAUUAAAGAAGUUAUUACAGGAAUAGGUUUCAAAUUUGAAAAAGAGAUAUUGAACAUACCAACAAAGUAUGCACAAAAUCCACAAUCCAUGUUGCAAUAUGAAUAUAAAAGUGUAUACUUUGUGUGUCGUAAGCCUAAAUUACCACAUGCAAUAUCUCCAUCAACUUCAGAAAAUUGUAUAUCUGAUAAUAUUGACAACUAUGACUAUCCCAUCAAGCAUUUAAAUGAUACAUCAUUUAACAUCCAACAGUGAUAUCGAAGUUAACGAUGUUGAAACUAAUUGGGAACUCAAAUGCUAAAGACUUUUAUUAGUUUUAAGAUAUCCGUGAUAGUAAUUAUGUAAGACAGUUUUCUUUUGUAAAAAUUACAAAUAACAUAACUUUAAUAUUUCUAUGCAUAUUUUGAUAAGUUAAUUAUGAAAAAAUAAUUUGAAUCUCAAUCAAUAGUUAUUUUAAAAUAUAAUAUAGAUACUAAAAUUAAAAAUUAAAAUAAUGGACACUUCAAAUUCUUAACUG